AGAUUUUCAUCCCAUGGCCGUCUCUAGGUGAUUUAGCGCCGCCAGUCUCAAGCAGGUGUCCAACAUGGCGAUCACGGGGAGCGGAUCUCUCGCUAUUUCUCUCUCUGUUUUUGUGAUUUCAGCAGCGUUUCUUCCGAAAGGAGCUGCUGAAACCGUGACAGUCGAAGGUCAGAACUUGGCAACUGACAAUGUGUCUGUGAUCGAGGGGGAAAUGGCCACCAUCAGCUGCAGAGUGAAGAACAACGACGACUCUGUCAUCCAGCUGCUCAACCCAAACAGACAGACCAUCUACUUCAAAGAUGUUAGACCUCUGAAGGACAGCCGGUUCCAGCUGGUGAAUUUCUCUGACAACGAACUGCGGGUGUCUCUGUCCAAUGUGUCACUCUCCGAUGAGGGACGCUAUGUGUGCCAGCUCUACACAGAUCCUCCUCAGGAAGCCUACGCAGACAUCACUGUCCUGGUCCCACCAGGCAGCCCAGUCAUUGAGAGCCGAGAGGACCUGGUCAGCGAGGGAAACGAGACGGAGCUCACCUGCACAGCCAUGGGCAGCAAGCCAGCUGCCUCCAUCAGAUGGAUGAAAGGGGAGGAAGAACUGACAGGUGAGACAACAGUUGAGGAGACAUAUGACAGGAUGUUUACUGCCACCAGCCGGGUAAGAUUUUCUGUCACCAAAGAGGAUGAUGGAGUGCCAGUGGACUGCAUUAUUGACCACCCAGCUGUAAAGGACCUCCUGGCUCAAAGACACUUGGAAGUGCUAUAUAAACCAGAAGUGAAGAUUGUGGUGACAUAUCCUGAAGGUUUAACUAGAGAGGGUGACAAUCUAGAUUUGACAUGUAUCGCAGAAGGAAAACCACAUCCCCAUCAGAUCAACUGGCUAAGAGUAGACGAGGAUGUGCCACCUCACGCUGUGGUCACAGGCUCUGAUCUCUACAUCGAGAACCUCAACAAGUCCUACAAUGGUACCUAUCGCUGCGUGGCAUCCAAUGCUGUAGGAGAGGCCUAUGAUGACUACAUCCUCUAUGUAUAUGAUGCUCCAGCGUACCUGGUAUUCCCCAUGCCAGGAAAGGUCAGCUUUGCAAAUGCUGCAGUUCACAACCUUCUUGGCUGAGUGAAGAGUGGAAUGCUCCCACACUUUUUAGGUCAUGAAUGUAUUAAUACUAUCACUGAUGUUGCUAACUUUACUGUUAACUUCACUCCAGCUGACAGUGUCACUACGGUCCGAUAACGUCAUGAACUAAUCGAUUAUUACAUUUUUUGACAACUAAUUUCAUCAGUGAUUUUUGUCGAUUAUGUCAUUAUUUGUUUCACCCCCUACCUAACUGGUUCCCUCUGCUUCCAGUUUUAUUCCAUUCUAAGCUAACCGACUUCCGAUUGUAGCUUCAUAUUUAACAGACAGAUAAAUGAGACAAUCUCAAACUGCUCCUUAAAAAAACAAAAGCAUCAUAAGACAGCAGACUAUGACUCUGCCAUUGGCUAUGACUUUUGGGUCUCAUAGCAGAAAUUCAACCUCAUAUUUCCACGAUAAAGAUGGGCUUUGGUUCUGUUGACUUAUAUUGAAAUGGGUGGAAUUUCAAUGUGUUCUGCAGCCAACCAGUAAAGGGCAAUGGAGGGACCAUCUCUCCCAGGACAUGACUUUAAAUGCAGCAGACAGUUUGUUCCCCUUGGUCUGAACCUCUCUUCGCAGACGUUUCGUCUUUUAACCUUAACAUGGUUGUUUCCUUGUUUUCACACAUCACAAUCCACAAUACAACAAUUAAAACAGCACAAUAUAUAUAACAUAUACAUAAAAAAAUUUAAUAAAAGAUAAGAAAUAUAAUAAGCAAGUAUAUUGCCUGUGAAUUCACUUGUGUGCCAUCACACAUAAUCUGAAACAUGUUUUUACAAACAUUUUUACAAAUUGUGUUGUUUAAAGGUGCACCAGGCAUCUUUGCACUUGAAUCCCAGAGAAGGAACAGCAGGAGGUAACUGUCUGAUGUUUUGAAAAUGAGAAGUACUUCACAAUUUAGAAUCAUGUAACGUGACGUCAGUAUACACACCUUAAUUUCCUACUUUUUGGUAGCUGGCAGGGGUGAUGAGGACGAAGGGAAAAUAAAUUUGCAGCAGGUGCAGCCAUUGUUGGUAAGUUUAGCUUUCUCUCCUUGGAGUGCCUGCUCCCUGCUGUUUAGAAGAGGAUUUUAUAUUUCGCUCCCAAGUUUCAAUUUGUUUCUGCCUGUGUGCCAAGAACAUUGCCUGCCAGUGACCAAACCUGAAACCAGGAAUAGGGUGAAUCUUCUGUAUAGACUCUCAAGUAAUAUGUACGAAAAUUGUAUUUCUGCAUCUUUUACUUAAUGCAGGUUAAGCCUCAGAUGUUUGUAAGGCUUUAUGUAAUAUUUAGUCAUAUUUCUUGAUGUUAGGGUUAGAUUAAGGUUUGGUUGUCCUCAAACUAACUGACUAAAAUAUUUAUAUCUAAGAGUGUUUUGAAUCAUGGCAAAUCCAGGAUGGAAUAACUGAGGAGGCUCAAAACUUGAAGUCCUCCUCCACUCACUAUAUAUUGUUACGGUCAGAUGUUUGUGCAGAAUGAUAUAUGUUCAGAGUUUGACAGUAGAAGGCUGUUUUCUCAUUCAUCUGCCUAAGUUUCUCUGUGCUCACCUUAAAUUUGAGACAAGUACACACGACUAACUAUCUUGGAGGCCAAUAAUUGUCCGGUAUGCAACUUAAACAAGCCCUGAAGCCUCCAGUGCACAUACAGUGUAUACUGCUAAUGGACUGAUAUUACCAAUAUUUGCAUAUUCAUAGAAUCUGGAUUAUUUAAUGAGUGAGAGGGAGUAGAUGUAAUUUUUAUAAUUUUUUACUCGGUAAUCACACUUGUUUGUGGAAAAAAACACGUAUCAGACACACAUUUUUCAAAAUAGUGUAUUUUAAUGUCUUUAAACAUAUCUUUGGGGAUCUUUAGAUUAUGAAAAAUUAGUGCAUCGCAGCAUACUAUAUGCUUCCUUCUGUACAAAACUUUUAAUGGCAUCAGAAAAAUAUAAUCUAAUUGAUUAUGAUUAUAAUUGUUACUAUAAUCCUUUCUAUUUAUAUGUUUGCAUUUUUAUUUAGCUGGCAAAAUUGUUCUAAGCUCACUGUUUGGACCAAUGCCAAUAACUUUCACACAUAUGGUAACUUUUAGAACCCUGGAUUACCAAAACUAGUGUGCUUAUUUUGUUGAUAGGUCCAGACAGGUGUGAGGAAUCAUACUGUUCAGAGAACAAUGACAACAGCUAAAUGCUACUUUAAAUGAAACAGUUUGAUCUGUCCAUGCACAAUUCAAACGUUGUCACACUAGAAAGAGACAGGGCCGCUAUAUCUCUGUUUAAAACAUCCAAACCCUGGUGGGUUAUGCUAUUGUACAAAAGCACAUCAUUACAUCUGAUUCAUCGCACAUUGAUGCAUGAUGAUUGUUAUAUUUGGCCACUGAAACCAACACUCAUGUUUAAAGCUAACAUGUGCCCAAAUCAGCGGGAUCGGACUCAGGAGAGGAGCUGAGGUGCAGAUUGUUGUGCUAAAAGCAAAACUGUUGUUGGAAAUGGGCUCAUUGUGGCCGAUUGCAGGUUUCGGAAUGGUGACAUUGUUUUCAUUAUUAUCUGCUUGUUUAGGUCGUGUUGACAGCUAUGAACUGUGUGUCAAAAACCAGCAAUGUAACUUUUUUUUGUCUGGCUGGCAAAUGUUUAUGCCACUUGCUGAAAAUGUGCAUUUGUGAAAAUAAAUGCAUUUGUAAUGGUUUUAACUGCCACACCAUUUCACCCAAUUGUAGGGCAAGCAGUGAAUAGGAUUUUAAUGGAGGGACAAGAUCUUGGGCAAAGGCGUCAAAAAACCUGUCAGAGUCGGGAGAAAAACAGGAAGUGUUAUGGGUGCAGGACUAAUGCAGUUUUUUGGCUUUGUGACAGUAACCUGGGACUGAAUUUCUUCACCUGGAAACUUCAAAAACUUGUGAAAUCACUGCCUCCUGAAUGUUGAUGUUUUGAAUUUUCAGGAGAAAAACCCAUGUGGGGUUUUACGAAUGUUUAAUAAACGGGGUUUCAAACGCUGUAGGAUCUCACUAAUCCAAAUCUCUCAGGUACAAAGCACUCAGAGGAGCACUGGUAUUCCACUUUUUUAUUGCUGAAAUAUUUGAAAUUGUAUGGGGAAAACAACUCCUGCAUGCAGGUAAUGGAACAUAUACAGAUUUUUCACAUCAUCUGUGAUGUUUGAUGUUCAGCGGUUCUGUAGGUUGGUUGAUGUUUGUUGAAAUGUGUUUAUUGCACCAGCUGACAUAUGUGACUUUGUCACUGUGACAUAGGUUUCCUGUGACUCUCUUAACUCUGCCGCUGCAUGGUUAUUCAUCAUCGUGCUCUGCCAGGCAGAUGAUGACAUCUGCUUGUUCCCAAUGGGCCUAUUAUGAUCACUCCCAAACAAAAGGACAGCAUAUGCUGGCAAAUAGCUCACUCAAUGCAGACUUAUUCAAACUAUCACGACUAAAUUCUUAAUUGUUGUGUAAAGAUUUCUUUGAAAUUGUGUUUCCUCUCAAGAUUGUGUUUUUUUAAAAUUAAAAAUUUAGGGAAAGCAUGUUUGUUAUUCUUACACACAGAUUUGUAAAGUAAUAAUAUAAUAUUAUAAUAGUUCCGAAGUCUUCACUGAAUUGCCUGCGGGCAUUUAAGAACUCAUGAUGUGUGUAUCUACUGCUGUUAAAUUCAUGUAUCAUUUGCUUCAUGCUGUACCCAUAACACUUGCAUGAAUGAAUGAAAAGCAAUGGGAGGCAAAUGUUCUCUGGUCCAGAAAAAACACCCUAUCAUUUCUGCCUAAAGUGUAUUUGCUAUCAAUGUUUGUGCCUUUGGCCACGAUGUCUUCAAUUAGUAACUUACUAUCCACAUAUUUUACCAAUUUCCAUUAAACACCAUUUCUCUGGUGUACAAGCGUUGGAAGCUCAAUGACUUCAGCUGGCUAUAAUGAGACACAGGAGAUUGGUAAAAAGGUGCUCAUAACCGCAUAUAAUUAUGUCUGCAACUCCCACUCCUCUUUUCUGGAGGAUUUAAUGCCAGACAAAAUCAUGUUGUGGUCCAUGUGAGGGUUUGUUGUCCCAGACUAAUCAUGCUUGCUACAGUGGCUUAAUUAGCGUGUGCUUCUGCAACACUGACUGGUCUUAGCAUGAUAACCUUGUUCUAUUUUUGUGUAGCUUUUAGCAGCAGCGCACAAUUUCAAACCGCACAGCAGCUAUUAUCCAGCACUCUCAUCCUACUAACUAACAAAGCCCACUAACUUUGGUCACAAAAUUACCGUUUGCUUCUCUUAUCCAGCAUUUUUUCUGUGUGUAAUUUAUGAGCUCUUGCUCCAGUUAAAGCCAUCACAAACAUAUCAAAAUGCCUUUUGUUUAGUCAACUGCAUGCAGCCUAUUUCUUUUAAUGGGUUGUUUUGUUCUUGAUACAUAUUGCUUUAUUAUGAGCAUUGUUCAUAGAGCCAAGCUGGAUUGUCCAUCAAUUUUCUUUCAUCCUGCUGCCACCUCUGCCAGCGCUAGUCCUUCGGGCUCUUCCUAUUUCAAAAAGACUAAUGACCUUUCACUGUGCGACAGCCCAGACAGGUGUGAGGCCAAGGUAAAUCCACGUCAAAUCAAGUCCUAUUGUGGUGCAUGUAUUGUAUGUGGCCGGUCGAAAGGCUGAGAGAGGCUUGUCAUGCUGUUCUGUGCAAGGGUGUGUCUGUAAGCAGGAUGUGAAUUGUGCCCCCUGGCUGGUGUGUGGUGUGUGACAGCUGGCCAGAGGGAGGCCUUUCUCUCUCAGAGGUGACCUGAUGCUAUAACUCACACAUAGUGCCUGUUGGCGAGACAGCAUCGCUGCCUUUACCACCACGGUUUAGCCCACAGUUGACUCUUUGACCUAUAAAUCAUCCAUGGACAAGAAGUCAAAGAUUCACAAGCCACUGGAAAUGUGGGUUUUAUCAGGGUUUUGACAUAACACGAGCAGGCAGGACUCACGAGUCUCCCUGUUCUUAUGAAAGGCUGUUGUAAAACUGUCCUUGUGAAUCACACUGGUUUUUCACAAUGUGCAAAACCAUGAGGAACAACUUUCAACACAUCAGCUUGUAGAUUCAUUUUUCAUGAUAUAAAACAAGCUAAAAUGGCUUAUUUUGCAGACAGUUCCCUUUGUUUUUGAAGAACCCCUAUAUAAAACUUGAUGUAAAAGUAACAUUUAAGCAGGAGAAAACAAAUAAGACAAAAGAAAAGAAAAAAAUCUCUUCCCUGCUGUUGUGUUGGCAGACAGGUUUAAGCAGGUAUAGAUAAACAAUUUCUCCUACAUUGUUUCACUUUAUGGUUACAUUUUCUCAUAUCAAAUUCCUCACUGAUACAAAUGCUCCCUGAAAAUAUGGCCUCUCCAAAAUACACUCAUAUUUCAGCCCUCAUAAUGCUGAGCCCAGAGUCAUCCAGCCUGGAAAUUGCCCAUGGAGAAUUCUUGUUCGCCUGGAUAUUAUAUGUGCCACAUCCUAUCCAGGCCUUUGUGAAGACCCUCUUCCCUGAAUGGCCAAUUUCCCUCUUCCAGACACUGACAUUUCAGCUAUCAGACUGCCUUCGGUCACAAGGAAAGAAAUCUAGCAUACGCCCAUCUUCAAAUACUGUCAGAGGAGAAUCUUUUCCUGAUACCCUGAUACCCCCCUACCACCAUCAACACCACCUCUGCCAUAAACUCCAUCCCCGGCGGCAACAUUAUGCUGUCCUUGAUGUUUUAUCAUUAGUUUGGGAGUGUGUGGUCCCCCACUGCUGUCUUUUGAUGGAAUACAGACAGUAAAGGCAUGGAGACAGCCAGCCAAUUUCUCCUGCUGCGACUCUCCCACAGCAAGGGGUCGUGCUAUCUUUACCCUGCACCACAGCCUGGCAGAUAUUCCCCUGAUGAGGAAGCUUUCAGCACUCCUUAGUACCAUUGCAUACCUGAAUUGCCCUCCAUUUUGUCUUUCUGAUUAUUUUGUUUGGGGGUUAGUGACAGGUCUAAUCAGUACAGUGUGGGGCAGAGGAUGCUGCUUGGGGCUCUACUGUUCUGCAGCGGGAGACCACCAGAGUGGUUUAAUUUGCAGUUUGACUUAAUUACUGAGAGAGACUGUGGAAAAUGGCAAUACCUCUCCAUGAUUGCCAGACAUUAUUAUUCAUAGUUAAUUAGAAAAUGUAUCAAAAAAGGAACACAAUAGCUUACCAUAAUGAAAUAUAAUACAACCCUAGCAUGGUGAGGUAUUAGUGUCUUUUUAGAGGCAUUGCUCUGUGGAUGGCAGCGCUGGUCUGUAGGUCAGUCGGUCCACCCCUUUGAUCCAGACUGAAAUAUCUGAACAACUGUUGGAUGGAUGGCCAUGACAUUUUGUAAAGACAUUAAUUGUUCCAAGAGGAUAUAGGCUAAUGAUUUGGGUUAUCCCCUGGCGUUUCCAUUAGUUCCCUUUAGGGGUUGACAUCUUUGGUUUUUAGUGAAAUAUCUCAACUAUUGGAUGGAUUACCAUAACAUUUUGUCCAGAUAUACUUUGGUGAUCCCAUGAAUUCUCCUCCAGAACCACUAGCAAGUUGAAGUUUUCAGUUUUCCAGUGAAAUAUCACAACAUCUGGAUUGGUACAAUAUUUUGUACGUGGUUCCCAGGUGACAAAUCCUAAUGACUUUGGUGAUCCCUUGAUUUCUUGUAGCUGAGAAUGACAUUACCAGUAUUAAAUUUGAUAUAUUGUCCAGUAUUUGAUUGAUUGGCAUGAAAUUUGAUUCAUACCUUCAUGUCGCCCUCAGGAUGAAUUGUAACAAUUUGGAGAUCCCUUAACUAUUCAUCUAGUCCAUCAUCAGGUCAAAUAUUGAAGUUGUGCAAUACUUUGGUUGAACUACUUGCAAAACUAAUGAUAUUUCCAUCAGCUAAUUCGUAAAUGUUAGUCUGCCAACACACUAACAUAACAUGGUGACAAUGGUACACAUUAUACCUGCUAAACAUCAGUAUGUUAACAUUGCCAUUGUGGCCAUGUUAGCAUGCUGGCGUUAGCAUUUAGCUAAAAACACUCUUAGAAAUGAACUCACCACAGAAGCUAAAGAAGCUUGUUAUAAUUUCUAUAGCUUCUCAUCUUCAAUGACUUUUGUCUAUUUCUUUACUCUUGUCUUCCCUUAUUUCUUAUACAUGUUCUUUAUUUU